AUGAGCAUAUGUGAUUAUCAUCCUGAAUAAAGAAUUACAGUUCUGUGUUUAUAUAAUGCAUGUACAGAGGAUCGUCUGGGUUGUUAGAAGUGUCUACUCUCCUUACACAAAUCACAUAUCAAGAGUUGUGUGUUGAUAUCUGAAAUUUAAAAGAAAUAACAUUGUGUGGAAUUAUUUGCUAAUACUCAAAAUGAAUAACAAAUUAACAAAUUUUCAGAAGAUGAACUAAUCCAUAAGGACAAACUCAAUUCAAUUUCAAAUCAAUUGCAAUAAUCAUUAAAAAAAUAUCUUAAGCAAAUCAAAUUGAAUCUAUUAGAGUAGGAAUCCAAGCAAAAAACAAUUCAAAUGAAACAUAACAAAGAAAUUCUUAAUUCAUACUUCAAUUCCUACGAAUUUGAGAAAUUAAAGGAACAAUUAACCAAAUUCAAAGCUGGUCAAUCAACUGAAGAAUAGAUAAAUGAUUUUAUAUCUCAAAUUAUCAAGGAUAGACAAAACUUAUAGAAUGUUUGUCAAAAUUAAUUAACUCAAGGAUCCAAAUAGAGUGGAUUGCCCUAAGAGUUUAAAGACAUGGUUGUGACAGAAGUCUGUAAUUCAUUGGAGUCUUUGAAGAACUUUAUGAGAAAAGAUGAUUCCAUCUUUUUUUAUAAAUCCCAACUAUCACAAGAAGAGGAUGCCAAUAUCUAGGAGACAAUCAAAGGAAAGUAGUUUAUCUUCAAUGAUUAAGACGAUGUACAACUGAUUUAUGGAUCAUGCACACUCUCAAAAGGAAUUUAUGAGUUUCAAAUUGCCAUCGAAUAUAUAUAAAAUGAAUAAUCGAAACAAGAGGAAUAACAAGAAGGUUUGGCAUCGAUUGUGAGUAACUCUCCCUAAUUGUACAAUCCUUACUCUUAACACACUAUUGGUGGUCAUAUCAGCAACUCAGGAAUCUUUGCACAAUUAGAAUACCAACAUUUACACAGAGUCUAUAUUGGAGUAGUGGAAGAUUUGGUUAAGGAUUAAAUGGCCACUUAUUCAAUAAUGUACUAAACUUAGCAAUGUUGUGCUGUCGACAUUGUGAGAGGUGCAGCCAUUGGAUCAUUUCAUAUGAAAUAAUAAUUAGGAGAGAAAAUUGAACCAAUUUAGACUCUAUUUCACAAAAACAUGAAGAAAGGAUUAGUGUUGGCAUUUAAGAUUAACCUAGAUGAAAAUAAGUUGAUUUUGACAGAUAGUGAAAACAAGACAAGAUACGAAGGAUAAUUGUACAAUAUGACAGGAGACAAUAUUAAGCCAUAUAUCUUAAUUUAUAAGAGUAAUGUUAAAGUAACGAUUAACUGAGUUUUAAAAUAUUUUUUAUGUAAUAUGAACAUCUUUAAUGAAUUUCAAACAAGAUAA